AUGCUUACCUUGCUUUCCCAUGGGGAACCUACGUUCGAGAAACGGCUGGUUGUAUUAGGCGAUGAAGCACGGCCGAUCUGCGGCAACUGUCAAAAGUCCAGCCGCGAGUGCCGGCAGGUAGAGCAUCAGGAGACAUCAAUUCGCUUCCAUGAUAUGAGGAGGCAUGCCCGCGCGCCUCGGUCCAGGUCCAAGACGCCGGGUAGCAGCAGUAACAGUAGCGGAAACAGCCCUUCAUCCGUGAUCCAGCCUCAGGGGAGCCAUGAUCAAAGUCUCCAUGAGGAACAGGCAAGUCCUAUGGGCGACGGGCAGAACCCUGGGCAGGAAGUGGUGGCCUCGCAGCCGUUUACUGGCGCCCCCCUGAUUUCCAUCGCCCAGCUGGUCCACCCGCAACCCGCCUCUCCGGACUUCUUCGUCUCAAGCCCAUGGACAUCAAUGGCGGACCCGUCUCCAGCGAUCUCGCCGAAAUUUCCACCAAAAAUGCUAGUUGGUCAUGAGGCAGCCCUGCUGCACCACUACUCGGUACACCUCGGCCGGUGGCUGGACUGCACCGACGCGUCGCGACAGUUUACUCUCAAGAUACCCGCGCUCGCCAAGACCCACCCAGUCUUGUUGGAGGCCGUAAUGUCGUUCGCCGCCAGGCACAUGGGAGACGCCGAGGCCGCGAACUUGGCGCACGAGCGCUGCAUCACCGUGCUCAUCGUGCUGUUAGGCUCGGAACGAGUGAUGGAUGACGAUGUGCUACUCUGCGCCAUUGUCAUCCUCCGCGUCUUCGAGCAGCUGACAGCUCUCGGCAAUGGGAGUGAUCAGGAGCGGCACCUGGCCGGCUGCAGCGCCCUCCUCCGGGCCUGUCAGGGACCCCGGGUUGACCCAUCCGCCCCUGGACUGCGCGACGCGGCUUUCUGGGUCUACAUGCGCCAGUGUCUGUACAACGCGUGCAUCAACCAGCAGGCGCCGAACGUGGACUUUUCGCUAGCCCUGCUUCCCAUUCCCACCCCCUUCACACCCGACGACACCCUCCGAUGCGAAACGGCGUGGGCCAACACCAUGACAUGGAUCUGUGCCACCAUUGUCCAGUUCUGCUUCGGCCCGCAUACCCAAGACCACAGCACCAGGAUGCCAAGGUGGCAAGAACUGAACGAGGCGGUGGAGGACUGGGCCAGGACACGGCCGUCUAGCUUCGACCCCAUCUGGGAGGGCGAUGGGUGCUCCGAGGAUAGCCCCUUUCCCGAAUACUACUUUGCCGCCGACUGGCACGCCGUUGCCUUCGGCUUCUAUCACCUGGCCUGCAUUCUGCUGAUACUAUACAAGCCUGCCCCGCGUUUUGCCAUCCGAAAUGCCCAGGCGCAGGGGUUGCGAACGGAACAUGUGAGUUCAAGGCUCUAG